AUGUGCACAGCUGGAAGAACGGAAUCGUGGAGGCGCAUGUGGGACCUCAGUGUGCUGGGUCUGAGCAUCUGCACCAGGGAGGCGAUCCAGGACAUGAUCAGCAGAGGCGUCGACAAAGACUUCAUCAUCCACAUCAACGGGCUAUGGGGCCACAACCCACCGCCCAGCAGCCAGGCGUCCAUGUCCGGAGCCACAAAGCAGGCUGUGACGGCGCUGCUCGAAGGCUUGAGGAAGGACCUCGUCGCCAGGAAGAGCUGCAUCCGAGUAGGGUUAUGUUAUUUGGAUAUGGAAUACGUGUCUCUUAAUAAUCUUGCUUGA